AUGGCGAAGGUCUUUGAUUACGCUGAAGUUGCAAAGCACAAUACGGCAGAGAGCUGCUGGGUCGUCCUAUACGGCAAUGUCUACGACGUAACGCGCUUCCUACCUGAGCACCCCGGCGGAUCCAAAGUCAUACUCCAGCUCGCAGGCAAGGACGCGACGGAAGAAUACGAUCCUAUCCACCCUCCAGGCAUGCUCGAAGAAAACCUUCAGGCUUCGGACAAGCUCGGCACAAUCAACCCAGACACGCUACCAAAAGAAGAAAAGACACCGCUGGAGACUGGCGAGGCGCAACAAGACGGGCCUGUAGACCUGGAGAGUCUUUUGAAUAUCGACGAGAUUGAAGAGGUGGCGACGAAGAAGAUUCCGCACAAAGCAUGGGCAUAUUACUUCUCUGCAAGCGACGAUCUGCAGAGUAAGUCAUUCAACAACAAGGUGUACAGGAGCAUACUACUACGGCCACGGGUGUUUGUCGACUGCACGCGCUGCGAUACCUCGACGACUUUUCUUGGCCAUAAUGUCAGAAUUCCUAUAUAUGUUUCUCCUGCCGCAAUGGCCCGGCUAGCGCAUCCAGACGGCGAGUGGGGUAUAGCGCAGGCGUGCGAGAAGUACGGUGCCAUGCACCUGAUCUCGCAAAACGCAUCCAUGACACCCGAGCAAAUUGUUGCAGAUGCGAAGCCAGGCCAGGUGUUUGGAUGGCAACUAUAUGUUCAAAACGAGCGGCAAAAGAGCGAGGCUAUGCUUGCCCGUAUGAACAAGCUUGAUUGCAUCAAGUACAUCUGUCUCACACUCGACGCGCCUGUGCCAGGAAAACGCGAACAUGAUGAGCGCAGCAAAAACGUUGGCUCCAACUUGCCUCUCCGUGCAGCCAAUGAAAAGUCCAAACCAAAGAGCAUGGGCGUAGGACAGAGUUUGUUCUGGGGCACGGCGGCGGACUUGACAUGGCGUUCCACACUGCCCUGGCUCAAGAAGCACACGGACAAGCCCAUUGUGCUCAAGGGCAUCCAAACACACGAAGACGCCUACCUUGCUUCCCUCCACGCGCCACAUGUCAAGGCUAUUAUUCUUUCCAACCACGGUGGUAGAGCGCUGGACACGGCGCCACCUGCCGUACAUACCUUAUUGGAGAUUCGAAAGUACUACCCAGAAGUCUUUGACCGUAUCGAAGUCUGGGUCGACGGAGGCAUUAAGCGUGGAACAGACGUUGUCAAGGCACUUUGCCUGGGCGCCAAGGGCGUGGGUCUCGGUCGGGCUGCGCUGUUUGGCCUCGGAGCAGGAGGCAAAGAGGGUGUAGAAAGGGUGCUUGAAAUUCUCAAAGCGGAAACGGAAACAUGUAUGCGCCUUCUUGGUGUAGAGAAGAUUGAGCAACUUGGUAUGCAGCAUAUUAAUACGCGAGCUGUUGAGCGCGAUAUCUGGGAUGGACCGAUGCUGGAGCGAGCAGAAGUCAAAGCUAAGCUAUAGAAGAGGGGGGGAAAUGGUGAAACGGGAGUGGAAGCAUUGUGUGGUGGACCCAAAAAGAUAGUAAUGAUAUUUGCCGUUGAAAAUCGAGCCAUCGAGCCAUCGAGCCUGA